GGUACCAGGUGAACCGUGGAGGUCGCAUGAGGAAAACUCACGAACAAUGUGUGUGACAAUAGACAUGAGGAAAAUAGUAGUGUUCAACAUUGUCUUCAUAGCAUUCAUUACAUUCGGAAUGUGUUUGUACUUGUUUGUUGACAGCAAGCAGAUCAAGAUUAAAGUUGCCGGCGAAGAAGCAAUGACCAAUGGACAGCGAUUGAAAUGUACGGACAUCCCGAAGCGGGUAAAAGUGGGGGUUGGGACAGGGGCCGUGAUGGAUCCUGGUACCUGGGCGAAUGGCAGCCCCGCCCGCCCACACGCGCCUAUGGACCAGAUCGUUCCAAUGGAGGCGGGGUUUGAGCCCGAUGUCUCAACAGACUUCCCCUCCGCAGAUGUACGAGCGACCACGAUACCACGCACUAUGCACCAGAUGUGGAUAUGUGAGGAGGAGGCUUGCGGUGCCGAUGCUGUUAAAGGAAAGGGGAUUGUCGUUCCAAAGCAAUUCAAACAGCCUGUCAUUUCAUUUUUUAAACACCAUAAAGAUUGGACGUAUUACUUUUGGGGGCAUGCAAACGGGAGAAGUUUUAUUAAACACAAUUUCUCAAUACUGUUACCCGUGUUCGAUAGUUACGUAGAGAAUGUACUGAGAAGCGAGAUGCUGCGAUACACCGUGUUAUAUGUGUUCGGCGGGGUUUAUUCUGACCUUGAUAUUACAUUUCUGAGGCCGUUAGACCGGGUGACGGCAAGAUACACGUGUAUCUUGGUACCGGAGCCGUUUGAGCACCCUGUGUUCACUAGCGGCCAGCCCUACCGGCUAAACAACAAUUUGAUCUUUUGCCGGUCCCGCCACCCGUUCCUCAAGCUCCUCAUUGACAAUCUCGCCCGGGCCAGACUGCUUGUGCACACGCUCGAUAUCUCCGGCCCGGGAUUUGUUACAAUGUUCUACACUUUGUACACCAACAUAUCCGGCGACGAAAUAUUUCAUGCGGACAUAAAGCGUGAUACAAACGAUACAUCCCCGUAUUUCUAUAAAGGAAUACAACCAGAGAAUGAGGAGGAUGGUAUUUACAUCGCUAACACUCAAUAUUUCGUGCUUCCAGUACCGAACAUCGGCGCGGCCCGGUGCGUGCAGGAGAGGUUCCGGUCCCGCCUGGUGGAACGCAUGUGUACGUACCUGCGGACAAGACGACGCGCCCGAAACCAGUACACGUUCACGACGCAUGAUUGGACCAACUCUUAUGUUCGACCUGACCAGUUCCGUGAAACUAUCACCUUAAAUUUCACCAUAGAGACCUUCCUUUCAGUAGAUAGAAUAUCAAAAAGGAGUUUUCAGUCAGCUUUGCAGUCCACUUUGAACUGAGCUUAUAUUGAUGUUUGUUUGAAAUUUAUUCAAGACUGAAGAAUAUAUAGACAUUUAAAACGAACUUGGUCAAGUAUGUUCUGUUAAUACAUGUGGAUGGUAUUGCAAUUGUAGAUCAUCAGUACAUACUUCACACAGAGAGCAAACAAACCACCCUACGAAUGUCGAGGGUUUCUCGACUUUUAUUAUCAUGUUUCUGCAUAGAAUAAUUUAAACAUUUGUUUAAAACUUAAGAAUAUAUCAUUACAGUGUAGUACAUAUACUGUUUAUCAUGUUUCGAUUUUUUAUACAUUUGUUAACAAAUUCAAGAAUAUAUUAUUACAGUGUAGUACAUUU